AUGGUCUUAACUGCAUCUGAAGCAGCUUCUAAACGAGUUGGAAUUACAUCUGAAUUGAUCCUUAGAUCAUCAAGUUACCCAGAACACAAUAAAUUAAUUGAUGAAUCUGAUUCUGAUUAUCGACUCCAAGCUGAAUCGAUUUGUAUCAAGAAGUCUCAAAUCAUCAAUCAAUCACCACGAGAAAGACUAAAGACCAAGAAUCAUCUCCUUCAAGUCGAUUUACCUGAUUCACAUUCAAAUCCAAAAACUUUACUCGAUAGAUUCAAAUCUGCCAUCGGGGCAUCAGUUUGGGCACCUUUAAAUACUUCAAAUCAUUCAAUCGAAUCUAGAAAACCAACUUCUUCACCAUCUCAGAUUACCACUUCAUCUUCUUUCGAUCAUGAUCUUACUACUUCAUCUUUUACGAGAUCUAGGAAUUGGAAUUCAUCUACUCCUGGAAGAUCAACUGAAGAACCUAUUUAUCAUUCUAGAUCACCACGGCCUUCGAUUGUUAGCAUCAAUCAUCCUACUAUCAUCAACAGUUCCGGUUCUCCAAUCCGUCAGAGUCCCUCGAAUUCUUACAUGAUCCAUUCUCAUAGUCAUCUCUCUAGUUCGAAUUCUCUAGGACCUUUGUCAUUUACACCUGAAUCACCGAGGGCUCCAUUACUAUUUCCACAUCAUAAUCAUUCAAACACAUUCUCAAUGAAUUCUGAAGCUAUCAUGCGAAAUGGAAUGUCUCCAACUCCCAACAAUCCAGGAUCACAAGGACUCUCAAACGUACCUACUUUCUCUCAGAUUCCUGGCUUUCCACUGGCCAGAGAGACAGUCGCAGAUGAUAUAGGUAGUGUACUCAGCUCGUCUAUUGCACCAAGCUCGUGGAAAGGUGCUGGAAUGAAUGGGGAUGAGACAUCUCAAUCCAAUGGUCAUUAUCAGUUGAUGGAUAGGAUUCAAGCAGAGGAACAGGGACUUAGUAAAGAGUAUUGGAUGCCGGAUAAAGAUGCCAAGGAAUGUUACGAUUGUGCAGUGACCUUCACUUCUUGGCGUCGGAAACAUCAUUGUAGGAUAUGCGGCUUUAUCUUUUGCUCUCGUUGCGCUUCCAAUCUGGUCUCGGGUCAACGAUUUGCUUCUACUGGUUACAUUCGAGUCUGUAAUAUCUGUUUAGCCAAGUUGGAGCCCUUGCCUGAGCCAUCGUGGCGAGUCAUGGAGGCUGAAGACGAAAAUGCCACUACGACCGAAGCGGGGUCAAGUUUCAACAUAUUCGGUUCUCGAUCUCAAGCAGCACAAAGCAGUCACAAAACUUCCACCACCGCCUCGAGAUCUCGAGAACAAGCCAAGUCGUCUGUCCAAUCAGGUUUAUCGCAAUCCACAAGGCGUAGCUCGCACCGCUCAAGUAGCCGUUCAAGACCCGACAAUCGUGCCGGUAUGAGUACGAGUGAAACAUCCAAAGAGGUCGAACCUGCUCACACAUCAUUGCUUAGACCGAAAUUUCGACAUGCUUCAUCAAAUACUCUCACUAUUGCUUCUAGGCCAUCUCGCCGCAUAGAAAAUUCCAACAUACCAUCGUUGACGGCGCCAUUCCGAAAGGGUCUCAAUGAUGAAGACAAACCAUUAGAUAUGAAGGUCACUAAGCACAGUCAAAGACUUGUCACGCCUACGCCCAGCACAUUGAGGAAUUCACGCGAUACUCGUCGGACCUCAACGGAACGAUUUCCAUGGUUCGAGCACAGCAAAGGGAUUGGUGAAUUGAACUUAUUAGUUCCUGAUCUGAAAUUCGAUCCGUUUGAGCACCCUACACUACCUGCUCUACAGGCGAACGAGAUAGUAGGCCCAUUUGAUGGUGAAGCUAUCAACUCACAACCCGACGGGUAUAUAGACUCUCUACUCACAUGGCCUCCCUGGGUUUCUCCUCCUCCUGGACAAGCCUAUAUGGAUGAUUUGAUCGAGCCAUGUUUUUCGCCUGCUUCAUUGGCACAUUUGAGGUCGAUGAUCAGACAAUCACUCCACCGUGACAAAGUAGUCAAAGCGCUGGUCUGGGAAAGCGAAUUGACCAAACUGUUGAUCAAGGUGAUCUCAGAUCCACCUCGACCUGAUCAAGCUGAAGGCGAAGCUGCGGAUAUUCAUCAACUCAUCAAAAUCAAGAAAAUUCCGGGUGGCCAGCCUCAGGAUAGUGAAUAUGUUCAUGGGGUCGUGUUCACUAAGAAUGUGGUACAUAAGAAGAUGCGCGUAGAUUGUAUUAACCCUCGAGUGUUGGCGAUCAGUAUUCCACUCGAAUUCCAACGUGUAGAUGGUUAUAGUAAACUAGAACCCUUGAUCCGACAAGAAAAGCAGUACUUGAAGACUCUUGUCAAUCGCCUGGCUUCUUUACGCCCGGAUGUCGUACUAGUGGAAGGCAACGUUUCUGGUUUAGCCAUCGAAUACUUGGUACAAGCGGGUGUAUCCGUCAUCAGACAUGUCAAACCGCGCGUCCUUCAAGCCAUCGCUCACUCUACUGAAACACUUGUGAUCUCAUCUUUAGACAAGCUAUUGAAUUUGAAAGUAGGUCAAUGUGAUGUAUUUCAUGUUCAGACUCUCGAUCAUCGAUUGAUACCUGGCAACAGAAAAUCUUUUGUCAGAUUAGAAGGAUGUAAACCAGAGCUUGGUGGUACUUUAUUGCUUAGAGGAGGUAAUCAUAGAUUACUAUUGAAAAUAAAAGCUUUGAUGAGGAUGAUGGUCAGAAUUAGUUAUUCAAUCAGACUUGAAACUCAAUUCCUUAGAGAUGAGGGCGCGAUGAUGACACCAAUAUCAGAGGUUCAUAAAUCACAGUUGCUCAACUUGGACGAUAAAGAAGUUCAAAUCAUUCUGACUUCGUUUCGGCGUGCUAGGCGGCAAUUGAUGCAGACCAAGCCUCCAGCCUCAAAACCGGGGUCACCAGAAAAACCAAACGUAUCUGCUGGCUCUGCUUCGACCUCUGACUUGGUUCGUCAAAUCGAAGAUGUCUUACGACCUUAUGAGUGUAUGAUUCUAUCUGGCUCUCCUGAUGUGAAGCUGGCACCUCCGGUUGUCUUGGUCAAAUUGCGAGAUCUUGCUCGACAGUUUAAUCUUUUGCGCGAAGGGGUUAAGAAGCCUCCGUCCAUCGUAUUAGAUCGGAUGGAUGAGAAGAUUGAUUUGGAAACCGACCCACAAAGCUCUAGUACGGCUCCUCAUACUGUGCAGGUCAACACAUCAACACAAUCGGGCGAUGUCAGUCAAACAUUCACCCCCGCUGAGAGUUCCUUACGAACGAGGAUCUCUGUGGUGUCAGAUGAAUAUACUCGAGCUUUGCAAUUGGUCGACUUGGGACGCCAACUAGCACAAUCGAAAUUGGUCGCAUCUCGGUACCUAUCCACACACCGAUCUGAGAGCUUUCAUCCAGCUGAUCAUCAAAAGAUCAUUGUACAAGAGGCUGUAGUCUGUAUGAAUCCCACUUCAGGGUUGGCUGCAUAUACAUGUCAAGGACCAUUGUUAAGAGCCUUCUCGUAUUACUCGCCUGGCGAUCAAUCGGUUGGACAAAUGAUUCAAAUGGUCGUUGCGUCUCGUGGAGAACUUUGUCCAACCAAAGGAUGUGGUCAAUUAAAGAGCUUUCAUCAAACCGAAUUCAUCCACAGACGGCUGAAGGCAUCACUUCGAAUUCAUCAUCCGCAAGCCUCUGAGGGUACACCUACGCCAUCAUCAACAAGCUCUACGCCGCUUGACGAGAUUCAUUCUGAUGGUAGUCUUGAUCCGACUUUGGAAGCUGGGAAUGAAGAUUUGAUUCUCAUGCAAGGUUAUUGUCCUCAGUGUGAUGGCCAUACGAGGAAGACGGAGAUGUCAGAUGAUAGUUGGAGAUUGAGUUUUGGAAAGUAUCUCGAACUGUGCUUUUACAGCCAAGGUAUACAUGCAGAAGUGGUUACUCACAGAUCAACUGGCUUGAGAUUGCCAUGCACCCAUGAUCUUCAUCUCGAUCACACUCGGAUGUUCUUUUACCGCGGGUUUCGGAUCGAUUUUAGCGUACAGCGGAUCAAUGUCUACGAAGCGAUCACACCUUCCAUGUGUUUGCUUGCAGAUACCGAAGCUCAAUUCAAAGUAUUAACAGAAGAAUAUUCCACCAUAUCCAAACGAUCUGAGGCCUUUUUCCAAUCGGUACGCAAUCGGAUCAAUGGUUUUAACUAUGAUGUAGUGACGAUCGAUAAGCAAGAUGCCUCUGAAGAAGCGAUGCGAGAGUUGAUGAGAAAAGUCGAAUUGGAUGCUCAGUUGAUACAGCUUCAAUUGGACGAGGUUCAUCUAGCUUGUGUGGGUACCAAUGGGGUUAAAAUCAAUACGGUGAGAAAGACGUUGGUAGAUAAAGCAGUCGAAUGGGAUCAUCUCUUUGCUUCAUUUGAAUCAAAGUUUAUGGCAGGAGAUGGUAAAGAUGCACGAAGGUUGACAAGUGUUCAAUUAAGGAAAUUGUUUGUUGAUCAAAAUGUGAUGCCAGGAUCACCGGAUCGAUUAUUCUCACGUAUCCAACAGCUUCCAGCCUUUAACGCUCAUAGACAUAAUUAUACCUCACAAUCCGAAGUUGACUCUGAUCAUGCUGGUAGAAAGACUUCACAUACAGUCAGUUUCAAAAAAGCCUUUCCGUCUCCUACCUUAAAGAAUAUGGCUAGUGCGCUGGCAUUUGCUUUACCUACUUCUAUGCCUACGUUGGGAUUACCUGAAGGUCGGGUUGACUUAUCACUUUUGAAAUCUAAAGGUACGGCAAACCUUGAAAGCGAGUCUUCUUCGAUUAACACAACCUCACCUGAACAAUCCGGUACGAUCGAGCCAAAAGGGAGUCCGACAGACAAAUUAAAUGAAGCAAAAGAUCCGACUCAGGAUAUCUCGGAAAUCGACAGCGCAUUGCGAAAGAAAGUUGAAGCUGACUCGGCCAUCGUAUCGUCAUCCAAUUCCACCUCAAAGGAACUCGGCACGGACGUUGAGGCUACUAAAGCUCUCACAAAGGAUUCACCUGAAACACCCACCGUCGAAAGUAGCCAAGCCCUUAGCUCAUUUGUUUCCCCAACUAGUGUCCAGUUCGUUAUCUCUUCACCAGCCAAAUCAGUCACCGAACCUUCCCCCAAAGCCACUCCAAAGGCACGCGUUGUCAUGAAUCGGCGUCCGGGAAGUGAUUUAACGGUUGACUGUGAAGACGGCUUCAAAAGUGACGCAACGAUCAUCAACGCUCGCGAUCGAGAAUCUCUGGUUUUGAAACCUGCUCUUGGAGAUCGCCACUCGAAUCCUCAGGACCCCUCAGAUACGGAUACCACCAAUCAUAGUGAAGCGGAAUCUCUAGCAAGUUCUAAGAGGUUAACCAUUCGAGGUCGAAGAAUACUAGAGGUUGGUCCGAGCAAAAAUGGAGUGGCAAAUUUGGUACAAAGGUUUGAAAGACCUGGAGUGAAAGAGUUACGAUUGACCUUACCUGUCACAUCGGAAGAGAUUAAUGUUGAAUCUGAAAUACCUAAGACUCGAUCGAAUGAAAAGGGUUUAAAAGUGUCUGGACCCCCAACACGACCUUUGUUCAGAAGAGGUAAGAGUGAAAUUGUUCGCUCUACUUCACAAGUAGCGCGUGGUAAGCGUCCAGUUGGACAGAUUCAAAAGUCUCUCGAGGAUACCAAUUUUUCAUCAAGGAAACAUGCUGCUGAUUCGGUCGAAGAAGGUUCAAACCGUAACAAUUCAAUCAUCAAAUUAGCACCUCGCCAUCAUGCACGAUCUAACAAUUCUAAUCAACUUUCCUCAAAACUAGGACCCCAUCCCAAGACACCAUCGACCGGCUUACGUGGUGAUCAGUUGGUUGAAGGUCCAUUACGAUUAGCACCUCGGCUUAAUAAACCUACGAAUUCUCAUAGGAAUCGACCAGACUCAGGUCUUCCGAUCUCAUCGACUUAUCUCAGUCGUCGUAAUAACGGUCACAAUCCCAAACCGAAUAGUAAAGUUUCUACUAUCACUCGACAAUUCGAUCGUAUGUCUCGUGAGGCUGAUAGACAGAAGCAUGGAAUCAAUCAUCGAAGUCGACCUAGACCGAUUGCUCAUGCGAAAUCAUCGGUACAUGCCUUUAGUAGUCUUACAGCUGCAGUUCAUGAAGACCCUGAUUCUGAUUUAGAUGAGAGUAAUGUGAACCCAGCUGAACAUGAUGCUGAUGAUGAAGGCGAUGUCACUCCAGAAGUCUAUGGUCCUGAAGCACCAGAUCCGAGUGGAACGAACCUUGCACAUGUACCCUCACCCUUGGCAAGCGAUUUUACUGACAGAACAAGUGAUGAGGUACACCCACUCGAAACUUCACCUGGUGUAGAGGAGUGUGAAACGUCACAAUUUGCCGAUUCAUCCAUGAUCUUGAAUCGAGCUGAUCGACCGAUGAUUGCUCAAACUACACCAUGUUCACCUUCAUUUGUACCUCAUUCUUUUCGACUUCCACCUUCAGGUUUAUCUCAAUUCUCAGAUAAUGAAAUGAGUUCUGGUGAAGCUGGUCGACAUUCGAUUAUUAAAACUCUUUCGAGUCUUUGGUCUUAUCGUGGUGCUGAGUUUUUGACUUUGGAGUAUCCUCAAUUACCUACUGAGCAUCAGUCUGCAGAAAACCCAGUGUUGAUUAGAGAAGAUGAACCAAGUUCGAUUAUUGCUUAUACGCUUGCUUCAAAACUGUAUUCAGACACAUUGAAAGAUACCGAACCACGAGUGAUUGAACGUUCGGAGAUCUUUAUGCCGGAAGAUGUGAUGUUCCGAGGACCAGAUCCAGAUUCGACUUGGGGUAUGAUAGAUUUCGCACCACAUGAUACAGAUAUGGAUGAAGCAUUGAAGAUGCCACCGAAUAGUAAUAAGCCUAUGCAAUUUCGAUUUGAUGUCUCGCCUUGUACAGUGACUUGUAAGGUGUUCUUUAUGCAUCAAUUUGAAGCACUGAGAAAGACACUAGGAUGUAAAGAUAUCUUUGAGUCGCUUUCUCGUUGUCAUAAGUGGGACGCGUCUGGUGGAAAGUCUGGUCAGACGUUUCUGAGAACGAAAGACGGGCGAUACCUUAUCAAAGGGAUCUCUAAAACUGAGUUAGAGGCUCUGACCAAGUUUGCUCCUGCUUAUUUUGAAUACUUGGCAUCUGCGAGUCGGGAUAAACGUCCGAUUGCUUUAGCAAAGAUGUUGGGGAUCUUUCAAAUCUCAUUUUUGAAUAAAACUACCAAUAGGAAAGGAAGAUUACAAGUACAAGUGAUUGAAAACCUUUGGCUUGCGAAAUCUGAUUUACAUAUUUAUGAUCUUAAAGGAUUGACUCGGAAUCGGACUGUACAUGUGACUGGAAGACCGAAUGAGGUAUUGUUAGAUGGAAAUUUUUGUGAAAUGACUCGUACCAAUCCGAUCUUUGUACAUAAAGAUUCGUUGUUAAGGUUACAAGCUAGUUUACAUAAUGAUACUUUAUUCUUGGCUAGUAAUAAUGUUAUGGAUUAUUCAUUGGCCAUUGGGAUCGAUCAAGAAUCUCAAGAAUUGUAUGUUGGAAUCAUUGAUUAUCUUCGGACUUAUUCUUGGGAUAAAAGACUCGAGACUCUUGUGAAAGAACUUGGAGGUUCUAGUAAGGAAGCUCCUACAAUCAUUACACCAUCUCUCUACAAAGCUAGAUUCAGAAGAGCCAUGGCAAGGUAUUUUAUGGUUUCACCUGAUGCUUGGUUACAAUCUUGGAAACCUUAUUUAUUACAAUCUGAUGAAGAAAUUGAUCGAGAUGGGAUCAGAUCAAGUGAAACGGGUGGAAAGAAUGAAGAUAAUUAUAUUGAUUUGUUUUGUAAUUGAGGAUUUUGGUUGGAUUGGAUUGGAUUCUUUAAAGUUGAUUUGAUUGGGUUUUUUGUUUUUUGUUUGGUUGGUUUUUUUAUUGGUGAAGUGUUGACGGUAUAACUUUGGUCAUCGUUUUAAUCAUGAAGCAUAUAUAAAUGUAUUCUUUGGUUUGUAAGGUUUUGGUAUUUGUGAUUCUUUUGGUUGUUUUUUCUUUUACUUAUUAAGGGUUUGGUACAAGUAUUUUGUAAAGCAAAAUGGAUUUUUCUU